AAAACAUGAAUCUGUGAUGAGGAGGAGGAGGAGGAGGAAGAGGGAGAAGAAGAGGAGGGUGCAGGAGAUGGAGGGAGGAGAAAGAAGAGAAGACAAAAGAUUCACAAAACCAAAGCGGUUGUGGACGACAGCAAAAGUCCUUGUAAAGUUCACCUCUCACAAGUCGAAGGAAAUGGGCAGCCUCCCAGCGGUCCUGCUCCUCUGCAGUUUCCACGCGCUCACAGCUGUGGUCCAGGCCCAAACGCGCGAAAGCGCUGAGCAACCGGGAGCCACCCCGCUACCGGCCAACUGCAGAGGGGAGAUGUAUCCUUGCACCAGGAUGUACUCGGUUCAGAGACCAGUGAAGAGAUGUAUCGGCAGGCUUUGUCUUUACAGCCUGCCUCGUGUUUACGUGAUCAACAACGAGAUCUGUACGAGGACGGUCUGCCAACAAGACGAGUACCUGAGAGCUGAACUUUGCAGAGAGUUGUCCGGGUGGCCCAGACGUCUCGAGAGAUCAACUACAAGGAAACGCUGCCGCAAUCGCAGUGGAAACAUCAAAACGUGGGCAAACCAGGCCUGAAGGAUUCCAGCGUUCUGGAGUUGGGGCUCCCUUCUUUCUCUUGUCAACACGUGUUCUGUCAUUUCUCUGUUUACAUUACAUUAAUCCCAAAUGAACACAAGACAACCUAAGCGCUCUGAAUGUUGAAGCUGUGCUCAUUUCACGUGUGUUUCUGGACUCCGACCAUGUCUCUUCUGGUUAAGCUACUGUAGUAAUGGGCCUGUAGCAGCACGGAGUGACUUCAUGACUGUAAAUGAUAAAUAUUCUACACACUACGGCAGCAAAUAAAAUACAAGAAAACCA